CGCGAAAAAAGCGUCUUGCAAUGUUGGAUGUUCUAAUAGCAGCAUACCGUGAAGGUUUAAUGACUGAUUCAGAUAUUAGGGAGGAAGUCAACACUUUCAUGGCUGCGGGUCAUGAUACUACAGCGAUGAGUACAUGCUUCAUUUUGGCAUUAUUAGCUGAGCAUAAGGACAUUCAGGAUCGUGUUAGAAACGAAAUCGGUAUUGCUAUGCGAGAGAAUAAAGACAAGUUUACUUUAAAAGUAUUGACACAGCUGUCAUACUUAGAGAGAUGUAUAAAGGAAGGGAUGCGCUUAUAUCCUAUUGCAUAUGUUAUCAUACGCAUGGCUGCAGAAGACGUAAAAUUACAAUCAUAUUUAGUACCUUCCGGAACACAUUUACAACUUUAUAUUUACGGAGUUCAUAGAGACCCUAAUUUUUGGCCAAAUCCAGAAGUAUUUGAUCCAGAUAGAUUUUUGCCCGAGAAGGUUCGAAAUCGUCAUCCUUACUCAUAUAUACCAUUCGGUGCUGGACCACGUAACUGUAUCGGUCAACGAUUUGCUAUGCUGGAAAUGAAGACAACGAUAGCCUCUCUGAUAAACAAUUUCUACUUGGAGUCUGUUGACCAUUUAAAAGAU